GAGGAUCUGGUAACAGGAGGAUCUGGCAACAGGAGGAUCUGGCAACAGGAGGAUCUGGCAACAAGAGGAUCUGGCAACAAGAGGAUCUGACAACAAGAGGAUCUGACAACAAGAGGAUCUGGCAACAGGAGGAUCUGGCAACAAGAGGAUCUGGCAACAGGAGGAUCUGGCAACAGGAGGAUCUGGCAACAGGAGGAUCUGGCAACAGGAGGAUCUGGCAACAGGAGGAUCUGGCAACAGGAGGAUCUGGCAACAGGAGAAUCUGGCAACAGGAGGAUCUGACAACAGGAGGAUCUGGCAACAGGAGGAUCUGGCAACAGGAGGAUCUGGCAACAGGAGGAUCUGGCAACAAGAGGAUCUGGCAACAAGAGGACCUGGCAACAGGAGGUGGCAACAGGAGGACCUGGCAACAGGAGGAUCUGUUUACCAG